AUGGGUUUCUUCAAAUUUCUUGAGAUAGUUUCUAUAGCGGAAGAGUGGCGGGACCCAGGACAGGCUCCUCCCGGGGGCGGCUCUCCUCAUCCUCACCCGGUUCUCCUGGCUCGCCGGCACCCCCUGUUUCGUGUUUUCUGCGCUGCAGGGUGCGAUGGGGUUCGUCUCCUCGAAGGCCAUGAACCUGAAAGCCUGAAAAGGCAGCAGGAGCUUACCGGCUGCGGGUACCAGAGUGCGGGGGAGGCUCUCCCGCGGCUCACUGCCUGGCCACGGCCGGACUGGCAGCUUCACCUGCUGAACUGCGCUGUCCUCCCAGGGUUAAAGGUGCUCCGCCAGUUCCUGUGUGGUUACCUGGUGCAGCAGGUUCAGCUGGAAAGGCAACUAGCACUGCAGAACCUGAUGAGAGACAGACAAACAGCCAUGCAGAUUGCUUGGACAUGAGAAUUUCUCAAAUAUUUCAGGACAUUUUUUGGACUUACUACUGUAGUUUUAACAACUGGAGCAAUAAAAAGGAAGAACCGAACAGUUUUACUGCCAAUACUUCCCUUAUGCUUUGUAUUUUCCUAUCAUUAUGAUAUGGGGUAUGGGACACUGUUGCAAAGGAUUAAAGGUGAAGCGGAGAACAUACGUGCUGCACAGAGCACUUUGCUAGAAUUGCCUAAAGGACCUUUUACAUGUAAAGAUUUGUAGAAUAUCAGAAUAUCUUAGAGCAAUUUCUUCAUAGAAAAAUAG